AUUUAUAAUUAAUACGAACGGUGCAGAUUUAUUCAGAAAGGUUUCUGUGUUGUGCGUUGUUUUGCCUCUGGGAGUAAAGGAUUCUCUCGACAGAUGUUACUGCAAGUCGAGUACCUAUUUGCAUUCGCCUUGUCCAUAGCGGCUAGGACAACUGAGGCAAGCGAACAUAGCGUUUUCUUUCAAAUCAAAGAAAACCAUUUUUACAGCUUCAGAACAGAAAGCCCUUUUUGGUUUGGAAAAACUGACUCUUUGCUUUCCUGUUCCGUUUCGUGUGCGAGGCAAGCUUCUUGCAGAAGUGCAAACUUUCUGGAGAACCGAGGACUUUGUUAUCUUCUUCGCGGCGAGAUGGAGACAAGUUCAGCAGCUGGGCGGCUUUUACAGCGAGAUGGUUCUUUCUAUUUAACGAAGGUCAACCACCCAGAAAUAAGCGGUCCCCACCCAGAACAAAACACUUCUCCACCCCUUGGUUCUAAUCAGAAUUCAGCAGUAACCUCGUGUCAGACUCUUCAUAACCAAUCUCCCACUACUUCCUCGGAUGUCUACUGGAUUGAUCCAGAUGGUGGUUCCCAGGCCAACGCUCUCAAGGCAUACUGUGACAUGGAUACUUAUGGCGGAGGCUGGACACUAGUAUGGAGCUAUUCCUUUACCAACUACAGUCAUUUCAAUGAUGGUUCAAAUGCAAUCACUCCAAGACCAAAUUGGCUGGUUAAGAACAAAGCGGAUGUUCCUGUCUCAACAAAUCCUCCAUUAAAUGAAACAGACUUCAACGCCAUGAACUUCUCAAUCUGGAAACAACUCGGCAGACAGGUCCUCAUCAAGAGCAACAUAAACAACUGGUUGAUGUGUCAUCCCGGAAGUGGCAGCUUGGUUGAUUGGCAGAAUGGUGACGUCAACUGUACGAUCAUCAAAUACGUGGUUGACCCUAGCAAAUCAUCCCCGGCGCCUUCCAAAUUUUUAGCUAAGACCAACUAUGGACCAAUGUUCUAUUCGAGUGGGCGCUGGAGCAGCACCUAUUAUUAUUUUGAUAGUUAUGCGGGAAAAAAUUGGCCUACCCAUGAUCCUCUUGGAAGGAAUGAGGCCAACCAAAAGAAAAAUGUUGUUGAUCCACAUGGUAACAUUUUCAUUCGAGCCAAGUAGCCUCGACAGACAGCAAUAAUGUUGAAAGCUCUAACGCACAUAUCUUCGAGAAAUGAUUGACUUAUUCGCACGAAAUUACGUAGCAAAUAAUGUAAUGACGAAAACUUAUAAACUUAUCAGUUAAAGGCUUAUAGGGUAUUGUUCGGAUAAAAGUGUAACUUCCUACACCUUAUUCAUGCUGUAAAAAUGUCACUACCAGAUGGGAGAAGUCUGGAUCGGAUUGAGAAAGCUGAAGUUUCAGGCUCCCUCGAUCCACACUUAUGAGAUGAGCACAAACAAAGAGUUAGCUACUCUCAUCGUGUAAAGAGGCCAGAUUAUCUUUCAGAAUUUUCAUUUUCCAAUGGAAUUUUUUAUAAUUCAAAUCGCUUAGCGAAACUUUGACUUAAUGAGGUAUUAGUCAAUAUGUCAGAGACUUCGUGUAUCUCUUUUUAACUUUUUUGUACGCUUGUUUGUUUAUUUUUCUGUUUGUAUUCUAUUGUUAAGCUCUCAAUGUUUUAAAAUAUUGUUGUUUUUACCGCCAUGCUCUGCUGCUGCAAACUAAUGAACAGGAUGUUUACACUCAGCUAGAGACAUUUUAGUUGAUUAUCGAAAGCAUUCUGGGAUUGCUUUGGUUUUACAUUACUUUUUACGCUCAGUGAUUGGUUUACAAAACGUGCAUCACCAGACAAACCUUUGCUCCACAGACUAAGUUAUGUCAUGAUGGCAUGCGUCAACGAGCAAACUAUUUGCGAUCGGGAGCUCUUGUCAGAACUCACUGAGUCCCCGAUCGCCCAGCAAUCUGUAUGAGGGAAGCUCCAGCUCUAUUUGCAGUAGGAAACAGUUUACUCCAGCCCUUUUGUGCUGCAAUUUUUGUUAUUCGUUUAUUUAUUCAAUUACAUCUGCAUUUCAUGUUUGAUACUUCCGUAAGACUAACUUGGUGAAAAUAAAAGAAUCAAAGAAAAUUAAAACAUA